CUGCGGUGCGAACAUCGUCGAGACAUCUGGCUUGCUAUCGUCCUGCACUGACAUGGCCACCGACGCGACCGACCCCGAAGCCGCUGCGCGUAGUACACUGGUUGCGCUUGAGACACGUCUACGUCGGCUGGAAUUUCUGCUCAAGGGUUGCAGUAAUGAAUAUGGUAUCCCGGAUCCAGUACGGAAACCUGCGCAGCACAAUGAGACAGUAUGGGCACGGUUGGAUUCUCUGGACAGUGAGAUGGUAAAACUGAAGAAGCUCAAUGGAUCCGCCGGCACACUUAUUCGUAACGUUGAACAGUUAUCAACUGCUUACCCAGAGUUGUUCGCUUCUCGAACAAUUGCCACGGAUGUACCCAAGUCCGAAGAUUUGAGCACGCUCGCCUCUAUUGUCCUUUCCCACGCAACCUUAUUCCCCGAGACCGCCUCAAGGCUCUCGUCAUUACAGACGUUGCAGAUCCCUCCGGCUGGACAAAGCUCAGAACUACUGUCCUUGGCUCCUCGACUUGAACAAACCAGGCGGAUCGAAGAGGAGAUGUCAGACGAAGUGAGUGACCUACGUGAGCGCAGUGCUCGAUGCCUGGAAUGGUGGGUCAAGAUUGGAGUUGUUGGAAUGGGAGACCUCUGGGAAGACUGGGAAGGAAGAGUUGCCAAAGUCGAAAGACACCUGAUCCGUUGGGAACGGCGAGCAAAGGAAGAACAAGGAUAUCUCUAGGUGACUGCAUCUGACCAGUAUAGAUAUAUUUUUAGUUCUCAGACAUGCGAGGCAGUCGAUGGUACGAUCCGGCUCGCUAUGUGCAGACGUAUUGUUCUUUUGCCAUCGACGGCCGAUUCAGGUCGGAUGACCAGCUGCAACGGGUAAUUUGGCGACAGCACAUUAGGAAGGAUGAUCCGGCUGUUUGCCAGUUGGUUCGUUAAGCCAGCAUAGCCAUUGCGAAUGCAGGGCUGUUGGCCAAUUGGAGAAUUUGCG